AUGGGGAAGGACCUAGAAAAGGUGGUCCAAACAUUUUCUGCUCCCCAUACUCCGGACGGCCCCACCGGAGAGGACUCUCUGUCAGAGGUUGGUGCUCGGUACACCUUCUUCUGGAAGGGGGUCCCCGAAGGCACUCGCCGUAAUCAUGGAGUUGGCUUUGCUGUGAAGGCUAAACUGCUGCAGCGCAUUCCGGAAUCCCCCGUCGGCAUCAAUGAACGACUGAUGACAUGGCGCAUUCCCCUGGCAAAGGAACGCUUUGCCACCCUCAUCAGUGCAUAUGCACCCACGCACAUCAAAGAAGAUUUCUACAGACCUCUUGAUGCCAUAUUACAGAAAUCCCCGGCUACGGACAGGCUCAUACUCAUGGGAGAUUUCAAUGCUAGAGUGGGCACGGCGCACCUGGUAUGGAGUUAAGUCAUUGGCUAGCAUGGAGUGGGGAAGAUGAACCACAACGGGCUCAGACUCCUCUUCAUCUGUGCAGAGCAACAGCUGGUCAUUACCAACACCAUCUUCCAGAUGAAUAACAGGCUUCAGACCACCUGGCAGCACCCCCGCUCAAAACAUUGGCAUCUCCUUGACUAUGUGAUUGUCCGUCAAAAGGACAGAAAAGAUGUCCUCACCACCCGUAUCAUGUGCGGAGCUGAGUGCUGGACUGACCACCUCAUGGUCAGAUCCAAACUACUCAUUAGCAUUUAGCCCCGUGGCCCGAGGACAGCUCCAAACAAGAUACUCAACCAUACAGUGCUGAACAACCCCACCACCAAAGACAACCUUCGACCUUGCUGAAAACCUCUAUAAGAUCCCGGAAGAAUCA